UUGCUGUUUCCUUCCCUCUCGUGCACGCACCUCUCCUUUGUUGUCUCCCUCUCUUCCCCAAACAACAACAACCCACCUUCCAAGAUGAACGCCCUUGACUUCCUCUCCCCUGGCUUCCAGCAGCCCCUCCUCGGUUGCUUCGGUAACCCCAUGGAGUGCCUCUUCACCUGGUGCUGCGCCGGUGCCGUGCUUGCCAGCUCCCGCACACACGUCGAUGGCCGCGAGUGCGGUAUCCUCGACUGCUGCUGCACCGCAUCCCCCUUCCACGUCCGCGCGGCUGUGCGUGCCAAGAACGGCGUCGAGCCCAACAAGGUCAUGGACUGCCUGGCCAUCUGCCUGUGCCCUGCCUGCUCCAUCUGGCAGGCCGCCAAGGAGGGUGGUGCCCCCAUCAUCCCCGAGAAGGCUGCCUUCACCCGCCUGUAAGCGGAAACACCAACCAUCAACAACACCAUCAACGACACCAACAUCCUUUUUGUUUGCUGGUGAUUCAGUGCGAUGGAGGAGAGCUUAGUCGCCUCUCCCAUCCCCUGUUUUGCCUCACCUCUUCCCUCUCUCCCCAACAAUCAAGCAACAAUACUUGUUCAUGUCGUCCUUCUUGCGGGCAAGUGCUUUGGUUUCCUAUCCCACACACCAACAACAAUUCUUUGUCAAUUCCUUUCUUGUCUCUUCAUCAUCUUGUUUUGCCUUCCCUGACUGCGUGUGCUGUUCAUCCACGGGGAAGAGCUUUCUGGUGUUUACAGCAGAGAGUAAAAAAACGCCUUACAAGACCUCA